AUCAAAUUCUAUAAAGUCAUAAUGAGUUAAAAUGUAAUCUGCUAAUUAAUUCGUAUUUAGAGUUGAUAAACAGAAACAUUUAGCCUCUUAAAAAUUAAUCAAUUCACUUCAAAUAAGAGCAAACACAAACAAUUAAAGUAAUAUUAGUCUAUCAUAAAACUUUGGACAAAAGAAAAUAACCUAAUCUUCUAUUUCUAUUAUAUAGAAAUCAUUGCCACAAUAGUCUUUAUAAUGUUAAUUUCAUUAAUCUAAAAAAGUAACCAUUGACUUUAAUAAAGGCUUAAUUUUUGAUAAUAAUUCAAGAAAUAAAAAUGCAUAGCAAUGUUAAGAAUUUUCAACCCUUAAUAGCAAGAAUAUUGGAAAGAUCAAUAACUUUAAUCAUAAAAAUUCAUUUACAGAAAAUGUAUCUAUGAAUUAAACUAAUUACAAAAUCAUUUGGUGA